UGGUGGUGGUGGGUCGUUAGUGCAGAACACGCAGCGGGGUGAGGGAGGUUGUGUAUUGAUGGCAGGGUGUCGUCGGACCGCAAGUGCUCAUAUAGUGACUGGUUGUGAAGAACGAGUGUUUUGUUGAAAAUUAUGUUGCUCAAGAGACUGCCUUUGAUGUGAACUUUGGUAUUGUUUACGGACUAAAUGUCAUUUGUUAUAAGGUUAUGCAUCUGACGUUUGAGUGCAUCUCCACUUUGUAAUUAACGAAACAAAACCUCUCUACUCAGUGAAGGAUACGGCUUACCUGGACCAAACGAUAGCUUUUAACUUACGUUUUACUACAUACGUUUGGACAGUCUGCCGCUGCCAUAUAACGAUCCGUUUUGCAACACUCUAUAAUGGAAAGAAUAUAGAGAUAUAUUAUCAUGGGAUGCAGAUCUGCAAAUUCUGAGCAUCUGCUGCAUUAACUUUUAUGAUGCCAUUACAUGGAAGAGACCAUUUCUGUUGUUAAUAAAAUGGGUAUUAUUACCACAGCAGUUGCACUUCUUGUACUGAAUUAUGCUAAAGGUCACCAAGUAUAUGAAUCCAGGAUCUGUGCUGAGAAAAAUGUUCAGAUGCACCAUGCACCUGAUUCGCAUGAAUAUUUGAGCACAUUUAAAGCAGAGGAAAAUAGCACACAUACCAACAAAACAUGCGAGAGAUCUACGAAUUUCUGUUACGCGUACUGGGAGACCAACGGGACUGCUGUUACUUUCAUAAAACAAGGUUGUUGGGAGGUUUCUGGGAAGAGUGACUGCAUUCAGACAAAAUGCAUUGCUGACAAACCAUCAGCUGCACGAAACAAUUCAAGAUUUUGCUGCUGUUCAGGCAACUUGUGCAAUGUGAACUUCAUUGAUGAUUAUGUUAUGCCCACAGAGGACAUUACUACUGCCCUGUCACGUGCUACAAGUUUAAUGGAACCUGCUGACGAUGGAUAUCGAACUAUUCUCAUUGCCUUAGUUUGUGGCCUUGUACUAGUGUUAAUUUCUGUGGGUGUUGGAGUAAUCGUUUUGUGGAAAAUACAUGAAGCCUCUAUUUACAAGCAGACAGCUGAUGCUGUUCAUCUUAUGGACAAUGGAAGUCCAGGAAAUUACCAAUCCGACACCUAUGCCUUGGAGCACCUAAAAAUAUCCACAAUUGUAGGCCAGGGGCGAUAUGGAUGUGUGUUUAAAGGAACAUUGCUUGACAAGGAAGUUGCUGUAAAAAUAUUUCCAGGCCACCACAGACAAUACUUUCAUAAUGAACGUGAUAUCUAUUGCUUACCAUUCAUGGAUAAUCCUGCUUUGUUAACAUAUUUUGGGUCAGAUGAACGUGUGAGUGCUGAGGGAUACAUUGAUUACUUGCUGGUGCUUUCAUAUGCCACAAAUGGCUGCCUUCAGGAUUAUCUCAGGAGUAAUUUGGUGGACUGGAAUUGUUUAUGUAGAAUGGCACUAUCUGUUGCAAAGGGUCUAGCUCACCUACACACAGAUAUCCGUAAAGGAGACAAAUUUAAGCCAUGUGUAACACACCGUGAUCUCAACUCAAGAAAUAUUCUUGUGAAAGCAGAUUUAUCAUGCUGUCUUUGUGACCUGGGAUUUGCCAUGAAGAUUUCUGGUUCAAAGUAUUUUUACAACGGUGAAGAGCAGCAUGCAGAAACGAAAUCGAUCAAUGAUGUUGGCACCUUACGCUACAUGGCACCAGAAGUAUUAGAGGGAGCAGUGAACCUUAGAGAUUGUGAAUCAUCACUAAAGCAGAUAGAUGUGUAUGCAUUAGGAUUAGUGCUAUGGGAAAUAGCAACACGGUGCGCAGAUCUAUAUCAGCUUGGCACCUCUGUACCUCCUUAUAGUAUGCCUUUUGAAGCUGAAGUUGGUCACCAUCCAACAUUUGAACAGAUGCAGGUGCUUGUCUCUCGACACAAAGCUCGUCCUUUGUUUCCGGAGGGGUGGCGUGACUGGGCUGCUGUGAGGCUGUUGAGAGAAACAAUAGAAGACUGCUGGGACCAGGAUGCAGAGGCAAGAUUGACUGCCCUCUGUGUUGAAGAGAGGAUUCAAGAACUGCCAUCACUUUGGGAUCGCAUGAGAGCAGCUAUAACAACAUCAGGAAUGAGUCCUACUGUCAAUCCUACAGUCAAUCCCACGUUCACAUCUGCAACGCUGAGUCAGCUACCUGGUGUAGUUCGGACUACCAAUAACAAUAACAACAGCAGCAGUGGCACCAAUACCAACUAUAACUACAAUAAUAAUUCAAGUAACAUGGGUCAUAUGAUCAGUUCUGGAUUACAUGAGAAGCAACUACCAGAUUCUCUGGAAAAUACUGAUUAUUCUGUUAAGUCGGGAAGUGGAACUUGUGGCAAAGAUGCCUGCGAGUCCAAUUUGUCUGAAGGCACUAUAGAAACUACUGUGACAAUAUCUCCUUCAGAUUCUCAUGCAGAGUCUUCAUAUAAAAAUUCAAAUCAGACAUUUGUUCCACCUGGAGGCACGCACACUUUUCCUUUGUCUUCUGGGCUAACUUCUUCAGUGCAACAUCAGAGAGCAUCACUGCAGCCAUAUCAAGGACGAAAUCCAUGCAUGGAGAGGAAUUUGAUGCUGACAGCACCUUCAGACGAGGACUUAGCUUGUAAUGGAAAUACGUUAGUUGACAGGUCUUUCAAGCAUGCUUCUGCUAGUAAUUAUUUAAUAAACACUGCAUUGUAUGAGCCUCAGGCACUUGUUUCACAUGAUUAUCUUAGUACAUCACAGUUGACAGCUGGUAACAAUAGCAUAAGACCUGCAACACCCAUUCCUUAUGUACAAAAUGCUGUCUAUGACACAAAUUCUACAUGUACCGGAAUUCCAAAACAACCCAAUAUUCCUGGAAAUGGCUCAGCUGUUGAUGGUGUAACACAUACUAAAAGUUCACAUUGGUCAAACUGGGGAAAAGGUAGUAGUAGAUGGGAGGGAUUUAAAAAAUAUUUGGAUUCAAAAACAAAAUCACUUUUUGGCAUGUCAAAGGAACGAGAAGCCCAUACUGUUGAUUCAGGGAAUACUGUUGUAAAGGAAUUUGAUGAGGUGGAUGACGAUGUGAAAUCUAACUUAUUAGCUCGCCAAACUUCGGUUACUGUAGCUCCUUUAUCAAAAAGAUCCCCAGUAUUAAUGGAAACAAAGGUUUGUGUUUCACCACCUGAUAAACUUGUGAAUGGUGUUAGUACAAAUACUGGUGUAGUUACAUCUGUAAUGUCACCAUUGAUCUCAACUACAAAUAGAAAUGACAAUGAAAAUAAAGACAGCAAAGUGACGAAGAGUCAGAGACCAUGUACAUUAGCACUGACACCUGCAAAACCAACAAUGGUGUGUGAAGAUACGUCUGUUGCUGUGUCUCGCCAGAAUCUCAAGGAACAGAUCCAUCAAGUUUUCCGCAACAGAAGUAAUGAAAAUGCAUCUCGUUUAAAGGACCCAAAUUUAAGGGUGAAGACUCCUGGUGAUGUUCCACCUUCUGUUAGGAGAAACCGUGGUAAAGGAGGUACUGCACGGUUUUCAUUAUAUGAUGAUAGAAUGAUGAUUACUAAAGAAUUCAGUAAAACUUCAUGUGCAAAUACAGAUAUGAAAACUAAUAGCAGUCAAAUUUUUUCAAGCUCAGUACCAACAAACAUUGACAUUUCUUGUAGUUCAGAGAUACUUGAAAAGGUUGUGCCCUAUUCCUCGCAGAAUGACAGAAAACUGAAACUUAGAAGUAAUGACGCAUGUAGCUGCUAAAACUGUUGAUAAAACAAAAGAUAUUGCAAUUGUGAUACUAUAAGAGCUUUCAGUAAAUUGUACUUUUAAGCAAGUUUUGGGCUGCACAAAAGUUUCUGGCAACGUCAGGAGCUUUAUAUUUAGGUAACUUAUGGGCUGUAUAGAAGUUUCUGGCAAUGUCAGGAGCUUUAUAUUUAGGUAACUUAUGGGCUGCAUACAAGUUUCUGGCAAUGUCAGGAGCUUUAUAUUUAGGUAACUUAUGGGCUGCAUAGAAGUUUCUGGUUGUGCCAGGAGCUAAAUAUUUUAAGAAACUUUUGGGCUGCAUCAAAGUUUCUGGCAAUGCCAGGAGCGUGAUACAUAGUGAGUAUCAUUACUUGUAAUAUAGUUGUAACUUCCAAAGAUUUAAGUAAGGCCUCCUGUGAUUAAUGAAAGAAAGGUACUGCAUUGUUUUUCUUUAUAUUUGCUAAGUUUCUUCAGAUCUCCAGUGAAUAUUUCAUUUUGUCUGUAGCACUUGGUUUUAUCAUUACUAUUAAAUAACAGAUGUUGAAUGCAUUAUGCAGGGACUUAUUGUCAGUGUCUGGAACUGCCACUUGUUAUAGCUGAAUAUCAUCAGUUUUUCUUCAUUUUCUUGUGGCUCUGCAGUCUUUCAUUUGUGUCAUCAGUUCAUAAUUAUGAUUGAACUGAAAGUGUAAAAUAGCUUAUAGCAGUUAGUUGCAACUGAUUAAUAUUUGUUUAUAAUAUUUUAUCAUUUUGUAGAGAGAUUACUUCUGUAACUAUACAUCCUUGACAGAAUACUGCCUUUGUCAGUCACCAUUUUAGACCCACAAGUUACUGUACAUAAUCUGCUAUGAUUUCAAGUGUUUCUUGCUAUGUAAGUUAUUUUCAUCCCAAUUCAUCAGAAAGGUAGGGGAGAGAGAGAGAGAGAGAGAGAGAGAGAGAGAGAGAGAGAGAGAGAAAACAGACAUAAUGUUUAUGUUUAAGUGUUGCAUUGUCAUACAGAGAUCAUUCAUUUAGAAUCAUUUAGAAUGUUGUAUAAGUAAGUGAAUGUAUUCCAUAUUCUAAUUUUAUGUGAAGACAAGUAAGGCAGUUCCCAUUUUCUACUGCCUGUAAGGAAGUAUGUGAUGCAGUUUCACACUGCUCAUCCUUCAACUGACAGUUAAGCAAUAGCAGUCCAUAAACCAAGAGCAAAAUGUUGAGGUUAAAUGAUUUAUCUGGGCUGUUAUAGUUAAGGCCAAAUUUUCCAAGAAAAUUCAGUUUCAGUUGGAACAAAAUGCUAACCUUUUUUCUCAUAUUUUUGGUCCAUCACAGGUACUCUGAGCACCAGUUGUUGUGUUCUCUCUUUAUGUGCUGAAAGACUCUUGAUCUCAGACAGAAUUAUUCAUGUAACCAGCAAGAGAUGCAAUUGCAUGUGAAAUGACAAAUGAACUGCAAGUGAAAAAUUACUCUUGCUGUAGACUCAAAUAAAUUUUACAGCUUAUCAUGCUUAUUAUUUGAACUGGGGCUAUUCCUGUGGUCUGAAAAUAGUUAUGUCUCAUUGGCAUUCAGAUCUGUAAUUACAGCAUUGUAAUGUGUAAAUGGCACAUUUACAGUUUAUGAAAUUUUAUGACUAAAGAGUGUUCUUAAAUUCUAAUCGAGUUUUACCUUUGCAUCCUGCCAGUUCAGAAAGAUCCUAAAUUUUGUGAGUGGUUCAAUGUAUAUUCAUACCCAGUGGUCAAAUUUUAUGACAAAGUGAUGAUCGUGCAAAUGUUAAUUGCAACAAAAAGAGGCAUAAUGUUUGUGAAAAUAAGUGAAGGUUCAAAAAUUUUUUAUGACUGUGGAAAGUAAUGGCUUUUCAGUGAAGUGUCCUUAGUUAUCUCAUUUUUCAAAUAGUUUUAAGAAAGAAAGCUAGUACACCUUUAAUGUCAAAUAAGUUUCCAAUUUAUGAGUUAGCUGUUUUGAAGUGUCACUAAGUUCUGUCUGUUUAAAGUUUUCUGCAUUUUAAUCACUCCGUCUUCAUGUACUGCAUUUUAAGUAUGUCCGGCCAUCCUGAUUUAGGUUUUCCGUGAUUUCCCUAAAUCACUCCAGGCAAAUGCCGGGAUGGUUCCUCUGAAAGGGCACAGCCGACUUCCUUCCCCAUCCUUCCCUAAUCCGAUGAGACCGAUGACCACGCUGUCUGGUCUCCUUCCCCAAACAACCAACCAACCAUUUUAAGUAUUCCAUGUCUGUGAUAAUGUUACCAAAAUUAUUGAUCCAAGAAGUGAUCUGACACGCGUGUCAUUUUGUAUGGGAGUGGGCUUUAAAUAUUAAAUUUUGUUUUUUAUUCUCAGUAACUGGCAGAAUAUCACCUGGAGGGGAUCAUUUGAAUGUAGCAACUUGUGGAAAUUAACUUCUGAACUGAUGAGGUAGUGUUUACAUAAAAUUGCACUUUCUCAUUUUAUGAAGAUUUUGUAAUCUUCAUAUGUUGUAUACUUUCAUUAUUGACUGAAAUUGGAUUUUUAGGUAAAAGUUUUGCUGAGUAGUAUCAGAGGAAAACUCAGUCGAUGAAUUAAUAAAUUAUGGCACAGAAUUGCUUGCAAGUGCUUAUCUUCAGGAGGCAAUAUAUGUAGCACUGCUAAUAGACAAAUAUAAAAGUAAAAGGUGCACAUUUUCUAGCUUUCAGAAUUAAUAGUUCCUUCGGCAGGGAGGAGAGGGGUAUAUGCUUUUGCACUCCAUUUACUUUUAUGUAUGUCUAUUGGUGGCACGAUAUAUUUACUGGCCAGCAAUUCUGGCUCAUAAUCUAUUAGUUUACUGAAUAGUGUUAUGGAUAAAAACUUGUAGCUAACUUUCCUCUUCUCACUAUAUAUUCUUGUUUUGUACUGAGUUAUCUGCUUUUGGAAUCUAAUCAUAAUUUUAUGUUGCCUAGUGAAGUAUAUGGCUUCAUGAAAUUUUUGUAACUGUUAUAAUCCAAACAUUUUGAGACUUUGCUGCCAUAAAAUUCACAAUUUCAUUUUAAUAACAUAGUGUCAUAUAAUGCAUGUAAGAAGUAUGUGAAGCUUUCUAGUAUUCAGGGAGAACUUUUGGAUAAGAUAUCAUAUAAGAAAUAAAUCAGUAUAUUAACAUUUCAUUCAGGUAACAUUUGCUAUAAUGUUAUUUCUCUAGUUCUUUAUUUACA